CGCGUAAUGAGAACACAUCUUUGUAUUCUUCUAUUUAAAUGGAAAUUUCUCAACCAUUAAAAUUCUUUUCAUCUAUAGUUAUUAUAAAGUUUAGCUUUAAUUAUAAAACGAAUUCGAUAAAACCAGCGAAUGGUAUAAUUAACAUAAAAUAAUAACAUAUAAUUAAAUGUCAAUAAAAAAGUGUCAGUGAAAUUAUAUAUUUUUUAAAGUAAUAAUAAUUUUUAUAAUUAUAAUCAAACAAAUAUGGUUCUUAACAAAAAAGUACGUGUUUUACAAUAUGCUUCAGCAAUUUCUGCAUCAAUGACAUCACUCGGACUUGCUUCGGCAGUGGCAUGGUCAUCACCAGCACUUCCACAUUUCGCCAGCCAAUCAAAUUUCUCCAAAUCAGAAAUAUAUUGGAUAGUCCCAUUACUGAGCGUGGGAUGCGCAUUGGGUUUUUUACUGAAUCCACUGAUAAUUAAUCAUUUCGGAAGAAAAAAAUCACUAUUACUCUACAGUGUCCCACAACUUUUAUCCUGGUUAUUACUAAUUUUUUCAAUAAAUAACAUAAUCAUCAUUUAUCUUGGAAGAAUUUUAGCGGGAAUAGGUUACGGUGCCGGCGUAUGCGCACUAACCGUCUACUUGUCUGAAAUAGGCAAUCGUGAAAAUCGUGGUAUUUUUAUGGUUCUUUUCAAAUUUACCAUGUCAAUUGGUAGUUUUCUCACAGUUUUAAUCGGUGCAUACUGCUCACACAAUACCAUGAAUGUAUUCCUUCUAAUGAUGCCCGUUACAUUUCUCGUCACAUUUAUAUUUAUGCCAGAUUCCACAUAUUUUUUAGCACAAAAUCAAGAAUCAGAAUUGAUGAGCAAUUUGAAAAUGGGAUUUCUUAGCAAUGAAAAUAAUGAGAAAACGGAUUUUUUCAAAUUACAAAAAAUGGAAAAAAUGAUGAUAAAAAAACCUAACCUCAAAAUAAACGUGACAAAAGACGACGAGCAUAAAGAAUUGCAGGAAGUGGAAAAAAUGAUAAAACCUGACCUUAGAAUAGAGGAGACAAAAAUUAACGAAUUAGAAAAAUUUGAAAAUGAAGACAAUUCAUUAAAGAAAUUGUUUACAAUUCCAAGUAAUCGUAGAGCUUUAUUGAUAACAAUUUCUUGUGCAGCACAAAAUGUCUUCUCUGGUUAUGGAAUUACAAAGUAUUUCGCGCAAAAUAUUUUAACAUACGAGAAUUCUUUAUUACCGGCAAAAAAUGCCGUUUUUCUAUUGGCCGCCAUUAGUAUUUUAAGUUCCGCGUCAAGUACAUUUUCAAUUGAAAAAUUCAAAAGACGAAGUCUUCUCCUGUCUCUCGGAUGUUUAGCGUCACUUUCCAUUGGAAUAGUUGGCUUAUUUUUUUAUUUAAAAGCUAAUUACAAUAUCAAAUAUUUCGAUUGGUUACCACUUGUUGGACUGGCGAUUUUCGACUUUUCACUAACAAAUGGGAAUUACAAUAUUUAUUUAAUUUAUCAAGGAGAACUAUUUCCAAGUGACGUGAAAAAUGUCGGAAUAACGCUGACCAAAGUGAUUCUCAUGUUUUUCACUUUUACUGCGUCAAUUGUGUAUCAAUUGUUAAAUGAUAUUUUCCAUAUUUCUGUGAUAUUUGGAAUUUUUGCGACUUUCUGCUUUUUUCAGACAUUGGUUAUUUAUAAAAUUGCGCCCGAAACCAAGGGAAAAAGUCUUGAUGAGAUUCAGCAAUUGUUGACAUUAAAACUGAGAAAUUGAAAUUAUCUUUUGUAACGCAAAUUUCUAUAAGAAACUAAAUAUUUAAAUUAAAAUUUAAAAUUUUUUUUAGAACUUUACAAGGCGUUAACCGCGCCCUUCUAUAAACUCCGCUUCCUCUAAAACAAAUAGAUUAUUUUUAUAAUCAUUAUAAUUAUUUUAUUUAAAAACAGAAUUUUGUAAAAAAUUUUAUUAAAAACAGUAGUACAUAAUUAUAUGUAUAAUAUUUUUAAUUUUAUAGUUCUGAAAUGAAGUAGGAACAAAAAUAAAAAUAACGACAACAGGAAUUUUAAAAAAGUUAUAUAUAGAAAAGAAUUGUAAAAGAAAAACAGGAUAAUUAUUAUAAAAAUGUAUAAGUAUUGUUUAGAAAAAGAUAAUUAAGUAAUAAUUAUUAAUUAUUUGUAAUUAAACUAAUAUUGUCGGUGCGUUUGACGUGCGUGAGUGGAAAUUUGAUGCUGACUUUCAAGCAAGAUAUUUUGAGUUAGAAAAAGUUAGAGACUUGAAACUUUGAUGGUUGGAAAAGCUGAUAAAAUUCUGCGUCUAAAUGCGUACAAUAAAAAUUUUUUUUACUUUUUGGAGCCGUUAUAAGACCAGAAAGGUUUCAAGAAAAUAAAAACAUAAUUAAACGAAAUUUUUACAAGAAAAUGUUAACUUUUUACAAAACUGUUAAUUAUGAUAUUAUUUUAUAAUUAAUUUUAAUUCACCGAAUUUCAAAAAACUACUUAGAAUUUCUUACAUUUUCAUGUCUAUUUACAUUUCACAACUUGGACAUACCCUUAAGUUUUGAUUUUCAAAAAUUCAAAAUAUCAUAAUUUAACCUUAGCUGUGCAGCGAUUGGGUCGUUUGUUUUAUGUUUGUAUUUAUAAUUUACGGUUCUUCUUCACUGUGACUCAUUAAUGUAACAGCGUAGAACGCAAAGAAUUUUAAUUUUAAAAAUUAUUUAACAUUUAUUCCUAAGAAUUAAUUAUUAUUACCAUUAUUUAUACUAUUUAUUAUUCUACAAAUGUGAACAGUGUAUUAAUUUAAACGAACUAAUAUUUACAAAAUAUAUAGACAAAAACAAAAAAAUUGAAAUUUGAUAAUGUGUACAGUUGCUUUUACGAAAAUUAUUUUUAAUUCAUCGAAAUUUAACGAACAAAAAAAUGAUACAACAAAAAACGGAAAAAUACAGGCGAGUGGUAGUUUUGCAAUAUGCAGCUGGCAUUACAUCCACACUCGUCGCAUUGGGAUACAAUGCAGCGUCAAGUUGGAUGUCACCAGCGUUACCAUAUCUGACCAGUAAACAAGCGAACUCACCACUAUUGACAACCGACUUUGAUUCCAUUGCCACAGCAUCGGUAAUCGGCAGUUUUUUCGGCUUCCUUGUCAAUCCACUUCUCGUCAAGUAUUUCGGAACCAAAUGGACACUAUUGAUAUUUGCAAUUCCACAAAUAAUAUCAGGGAUUAUGCUCGUGCUUAAUGAAGAAUUUACAACAAUAUGGAUAUCAAGAUUAAUAAGCGGUUUUUCAUAUUGUGGUGCGCUGUCAUCAUUGGCCGAAUAUUUGACAGCCAUCAGUAAUUCUAGCAACAGAAGCAAAUUAUUUGUCUUAAUGAAUCUCUCCUCAAAUCUUGGCAAUCUUUUGCCACUAACUCUAAAUCUUUUUUUAACAUAUUUUCAAAUGAACCUCAGUCUAAUGAUGAUACCGAUAGUUUUCCUUGCCAUCUUUAUGUUCAUGCCAAAAUCAUCCUAUUUUGACGAGAUGAACAAAUGGAAAGAGAAGGAAAUUAAAAUCAAUUCGAUAAUUACUUCUCCAUAUGGAUUUGAUACACACAGAACUACCGAAAAUGAUUUUUUAACUAAUGACGAUAUUUCAAUAAUCAAAAAUAAAAUUACUACAGAUAAUAAAUUAUCACCAAAGAACGUUGUCAUUAGUAAUGAUUACCAAAAUUUUACGACUAAAAUCAACAUUUCCGAGAGUCAUCUUACUAUACCAACAUUUGAUAAAGAUAAUGAUUGGAAAAAUUCGGACGAAACUUACGAUUGGGACAUCUUCCAGAAGGUGAAGGAGAGUUCGUUUUUGAAAUUGUUUAUGCAACCAAACAAUAGAAAAGCAUUGAUCAUAAUGAUGUUUGUCUGCUGCACAGAUAUUUUAGCGGGUCAUAUACCAAUUGUAUCCUAUACCGAGCAACUUUUAACUCAUCCUGGAUCAAUUAUGGAUGGUGAUCAGGCUUCAUUUCUGAUGACAAUCAUCAAGGUGAUUUCAGUCUUACUCAGCACACAAUAUAUUACGAAAAUUGGUAAUAAGAAACUUCUUCUCAUCAGUGGCAUUAUUGGAUCAUGUUCCAUGAUACUCGUUGGCUUUUUCUUCUUUCUUCAAACUAAUAAAUACGAUAUAGCGGAAAUUCGAUGGUUUCCAUUGGUUUUUAUCACAAUUUCGGAAAUUGCAAAUGUCAUCGGUGUUGGAAAUACAUUUUUCGCAUUACAAGGCGAACUAUUUUCCAAUGAUGUUAAGACAUUAGCUAUUAGUGUCACUAAUAUCAUGUACAUGAUUAUAGAACUUAUUGCACUCAUGAAAUUUCAAGUAUUAUUAGAGUAUUUUGGUUUACAUGUGAUCUUCUGGUUUUUUGCCUUUGUCUUCUUGUUAUUUCCACUUGCUAUAUUUAUUUUUGGGCCGGAAACUCAGGGUAAAACAUUGGAAGAGAUUCAAAUGGAAAUGAAAAAAUGAGUGAGUUUUUUUUCUCUUUAUUCAUAAUAAUCAUUAUGAGAUCUUGACCCUUGGUUUUAUUAAUGUGAACCACAAUCAAUGUCGGUGAAGCAUUUGAUAUGUAAAAUCGGUUGCUUUUCUUUUUUCGGAGGACCACUUGCAGAAAAAUCACUUAGAAAAUAUAUUACCGAUAAAUACUUCUUUUCCGGCAGUGGAAUAUGAAAUAUUACGAUUUUUAUGGGAUGACGAUUCAUGUUUUGCAAUUUGUCGGAAAAUAAAACAAAAACGUAUCUCGUAAAUUCGACAAUGUUUCGGAAUGGAAAAAACCAUCAAUUUCAAAUUGGUUUUUGUAGAUUGAAAUUUAAAAAUACAAGUAAAAUUUUUUGUACUGAA